CGGAGUCUAUAAGUAAAGGGGCGAUGUUAUGCAGAUGAGGCAGUGGGGUUUUGUUGCGGUGUGUGCGGGGAGGAUGCGGCCGUGCUGUGAGGGGCGAACUGAGGACCGGCGGGGCUGAUAUUCACUGGCUGCCGGUUACUGACUCUGCACAGAAGACAAAGUUAGAACCUUUGUGAAGACUAAACCCAAACAUGUCUAUAAUGGACCAUAAUCCCACCACUGGGGUGGUUACAGUCAUUGUCAUCCUAAUCGCCAUUGCCGCACUUGGCGCCUUAAUACUUGGUUGCUGGUGUUACCUCCGCUUGCAGAAAAUAAGCCAGUCGGAGGAUGAGGAGAGCAUUGUCGGGGAAGUUGAAACCAAAGAACCUUUUCUUCUGGUUCAAUAUUCUGCCACAGGACCUCGAGUGGAGCGAAAAACCAAACUGACUCCUAACGGGACCGAGGUGCAUGGUUAAUUCACUGGCUUCAACAUAUCAGCUGAGAUGAAUCUAACAAGCAGAACUAAUACUGUGAAUAACAUAGACCCGGCUGUGGUGGCAAAGUGACUCUACCUGACACAGCAUGCGUGACUUUUAUUUUCCUAGCAUUUGUUACUUGAAUGUUUAGAUCAUUCUUUAUUAACAAGAUUUUCCCCCAGAAUGUGAACUACCAAUUGUCUGAUCAUGAAAAUAACCAACAGGAAGCUGCAGUUUUACUCCAACAUACAUUUAUACAGUUGUUGUAUAUAUUUUAAAGAAUGGAACGUGCAUAGCCACCAUUUUGUUGGCAAAAAAAAAAAACUGAACUGGAAACCAUUCAUGUGAGACGGAUGUGUAAAAUUGCAGGUUUUAAAUAUGUUGGUGUUUUUUUUUGUUUUUUUUUUUACUAAGAUUCAAUUUCCUCUUGUUUUAAGCAGAUACCUUAUUAUUGUUGUGCGUUUUUUGUAUUCGCUUUAAGCGUUUACCUGCAGUGAAGCUGCUGCAAACGAUAUUUGUUUGGGAGCCGUUGACGUGGAAAAAAAAAAAAGAAUUCCAUGAGGAUCCCUUUCUUUUUAUGUAGCAGGGGAGCAGAAUUGUAGAUUUCUAUUUUCUAAGAAUGAAAUAGCAUUUUAGAUUUUCACUACAAUCUUAUAUCUUUGUACAUUUCCAUUACAGUAAGUUGUAUUUGAUGUUUACAUGAAUGCAUUAAGGACUCUCGUACAGGCUGUUGUGACAUUUUUUCACAUUUUGCAUCUUUUAGCCUGUAAACUUUUACUGUGUUUUUAAUAUAAACUGCUAGACUUCGCCUUCAGAACGUACUAGUGUGUGCUGUGUUUUGAGUGGCGACCUGAGUCUAAAAGUUGGAGUGAAUUUGGGUAUAUUUUAUAUCCAAUGACCUGCUGGAAAGACUUCAGUCAAAACCAAACAUACGGUGUAGCAGUGACCACCAGUUUCCUACACGAUUCACUUUUCCUGGUUUAGCCUUUUGGCUGCUAUAUAGGUUUGUUAAAGGGAUAGUCUAGUCAAAAUUUAAAAAAUGUGAUGUCCCUCAAAGAAUGUUAGACUAGGGAAAAAGAUUUUAGCUUAAAAGAAUGGUUUAGUCAAAAUUAAACUUUCAUGAUUCAGUUAGUGCAGCAAUUUUAAGCAACUUUCUAAUUUACUCCUAUUAUCAUUUUUUUUGCAUUCUCUUGCUAUCUUUAUUUGAAAAAGAAAAAAUGUAAGCUUACAAGAUGGCACGUUUUUUGUUCAGCACCUGGGUAGCGCUUGCUGAUUGGUGGCUACAUUUAGACACCAAUCAGCAAGCGCUACCCAAGUGCUGAACCAAAAAUGUGCCGGCUCCUAUGCUUACAUUCUUGCUUUUUAAUUAAAGAUAGCAAGAGAAUGAAGAAAAAUUGAUAAUAGCAGUAAAUUAGAAAGUUGCUUAAAAUUGCUGCCCUAUCUGAAUCAUGAAAGUUUAAUUUUGACUAGAUUGUCCCUUUAAAGCCUUUCUUUGUCAGCUAAGGGGUUAACAGCAUUAUUAUGAGUAUUGUAAAUCUCUCAAUGCUGAACCAGGUUUUUUUUUUUCUUUUUAACUUAAAAAAAGAAAGUUGCUAUAAAGUGCAAAUCUGUCUGAUUUAUAUUUGCGUCUUAAACACAUUUGUUAAACGUAUCGUGUGUAAUGAACAUUACUGACACAAAUUUGUAUCUGUAUUUGUGAUAACCACUGGAUUCUGUGCUUGUGAAACAAAUACAGCUGUUGUCAUUUUG